CAAGGACGACCCCUCGAUGUCUUCUUGUCGUCCUCCAGUCUGCCUGGUGGUUGUUUGAAUCCUCACCACUAGCUCUUCUUGGUCGCUGGCUUGCGUGAGCCACCACCGUGUAAGCAGUGGCUCUGGAAAGUCUUGUUUGUUGACUUUCCUGUCUUCGAGGACGCUUCACCGGUCAGACUGAGGAUAUCGCAUUGCGACGAUCAUCUAGGCCCCUAUUACGACGACUAUCCUUCUCAAUUCUGGUCGUUCCCGACUUUGCAAAUACUCUAUGAAUUGGAGGCGGAUCGAAAUAUAAGCCAAACAGCACAGUACGAAUUUCGGCCGUCCCCGAGUGUCGAGGAAGAUCAGACUUGCCAUGAGAAUCUCUCGAGGCGGGCUGACUGCCCUACCUGCCUUUCUGCUUGGUCUCCUACUCGUUUUGAUGGUCGCCGGUGUAUCUGCGUCGACUGAUACCAAUAAUGACGCCGCCACGACUGCUGCAAACACUGCUGCAGCGACAACAGGCGACUCGCUUCCAGCGCUGACUACUGCCAGCUCAAGUGAGAGCAGCACAGAGACCAGUACAAGUGCUAGCGAUAGUGCCAGUUCGACGUCGGGCAAUUCUUUGCCUGCACUGUCGACUACAGCAGCGGCUACGACCAGUUACAACUACCCUACUCCGUCGGUUCCUCCCACUGAAAACGCCCCGUACAUGCGCAAGUCGAAAGCUCCAGAAGGGACUGUCUUUAUCGCCGUUGGUGCCGCGUUGGGUUUCUGCGGACUGGUUAUCUUAGCAUGGCGUGGAAUGGUAGCCUGGUCCGUCAACAGGUCAGUCCGUAAGGCUGCCUGGCUCCAGGCGCGGUCCGAAAAGAAAGCCCUCUUGGCCGGGAGAAUGAGGCGCCGCCGCUCGAGGCGGAGAUCUACAAUGUACAGUCAGGCUCCUGGUUCGACCAUGUCCAUGGAAAAGCUAGGCACAGGCCAUCGCAGCAGCCAGGUUCCUCCCAUACCCAAGUCAUCCACCAGAACCAGCGGGCUCUUCUACUCACCUACAGCUGGUGGGGGAAUGCAGGGUCAUGCAAACAGAGCUUCGAAUUAUCUCCCAGCUGGUUAUUACGCGUCUAGUAAUACGGCAGUCGAUGGUUCCAGUGUAGGUCUUUCCAACCUAGGACCGCAGUCUCAAGGAUACACUCGAACCGGAUCAGCCCCGAGCCCUCCUGCGUCACCACUCAUGUCACCUCAUAUAGGCCAUGAUAGGUCGUAUAGGGGAUCUCAGGCGCACAUUUCCACCACUUCUCUGAACGUACCACCGCAAGGGAGAGCACCUAGCACGUACUUGGAGGAUCUGUUUGACAGCCACACUCCGGGGUCCGAUAUGGAGCGCAGGUGAAUUCCAAUGCAAAGUAUCUUACGGCGAGCAUUCUUCUACAUAUUGGGACUUUUCGGAUGGAAUGGACUUAGUUUCCAUAGCGUAACUAUUUAUUGAUUGUUCUGUUCUAUAUUGGCUUGGCCGUGUACAGUGCUAGAUUAUCCGGUCCAAUUUGCUUCUCCUGGUAUUCCGGUUUCAUAUUCGGUGAUUAUUUUUUCAUCAUGACAUAUGCGGUUCUAUAUGGUCUUGGAUUAGAGGUUCUAAUGAUUCCCCUCCGUCAAACAGCCAAGCAUAUAAUAGCGAGCUCAUUAGUAACAUAGUCUCGGAAUAUAUAGCGACAAAUAACGACAAUAAACGAUUAUUUGCACACGGAA